AUGGAUUUGGAUUUUGACAUUGAUGAAGUGUCUAAAUGGGGGAAAAGUCUCGGAGCUGGUUCUUAUGGAUGUGCUUAUCGCAUCUAUCACAAUGAAGUUGCCAUGGUCAUCAAGAGAUUCACACAGCAAAGCAACGAAAGCGGAUAUCAAAAAGAGGCGGAAACCAUGAAAAAACAAAGCCACAAAAAUAUUGUUCGUUACUAUGGCCCUGUAAUCAAUAAUGAAAAACUGGCGGACAACAUUUUUAUGGCUGUGGAUUAUUCGCUGAAGAUCGGCGACUUUGGGUGCGCUUUUAUGACCGAGAGAACUGUUGAUGGAACGGCUAAAGGGACAAGUCGUUACAAUUCUCCCCCACAAAUAUCACCCGAUGGAGAGAGUUUUACGAAUGCACAGAUUUCGGCCCGAAACGAUAUCUAUGCUUGCGGGCUUGUGCUUUGGGAACUAAUUGAAAGAAAACUCGUGUAUUUGGAAUACGGAUCAGAUGGUCAUUUCAGAAGGUCCGACUUUGAUUAUGAUGUUCAUCAAGGAAAGUUGACUAAGUUGACGGAGCCAAACUGUUCAUUUGAACCAUUGAAAAAUCUCGUUGUCAGAACCACAGUCUUUAAUCGCGCAGAGAGACCAACUGCAGACGCUGCUUCUCAAGAGAUAAUCAGCGUACCCGGGAGUCACCCGCAACUUAAAAUGCUCGAUCUCUACCCAUUUUUUGAUGAAAAUCAAAAAAUUCUUUUAAAACCAAUCGGUUUCGAUCUCACAACAAAGAGAGUCCCGGUAUAUGAGGAAACUUACUCUCCCUCAGAUAUUUCAUUUUCACUCUCUGAUGAAACACCAAUUGUGGAAGAACAAAUAAGCCCAGUAUUGCAAAUCAAGGAUUCUCCCCAACCAUCAAAACUACGAGUUGCCUUUACUCGCAAAAUUACAGAAAAAUUUGCCACACUGAAUCUCGAAGAAAAAAGAACAUUUUCCAGCCGUUUGUCACAACUCGGGGAAGUUGGAAAGAAGUUGGAUUAUGAGUUUCAUGAAACAACCCGAGUCAUCCAGAGAAUCAACCAGUUGCAGGAGUCAGAAUCAGACGACGACUUGAUGGAGGGACUCUUGCUUAUCGAUUAUCUCGAAAUGACGCGGCUGAUUUGCCAACUUUUUCACCUACACGAGUAUGAAGCUCGGCCAUAUUUCUUUACCAAACAAAGUCAUUCAAAAGCUCUGGACUUUUACAAAACGUUGCAAGAACGUGUCGGAAGCGCCUACACAACGCGAUUCGGCUUUGCGCAAUACUUUUCGACGGUGACAAGGGAUGAAUGGCUUCUCUUGGAGAAGCAUGAAGAAAACCAAAUCACUCUUUUGAAAAGAAAUUUCUACGAAUUGAAAACAUUGAAAGGUGUGUGGCUAGAAAACCCAAAAGGUAAAACUUUUUUGCCAGAUGAGCAAAUUCGCGAAACUUUUCAAUCGGGGUGCAUCGAUCCAAACACUUAUCGAGCCCGGGAGGAAUUUCAUUCGUAUGUGACGAGACCAGUGACACUGAGCGAAAUUAUUGAAGCAUUUCGCGAGGCUUGUGGCUACAUUGUGCGUGAUGGCAUAGCAGAAAGCUCAAAAAUGGUCUCACUCGAAGACACGGACGAAAGAAAUGCUAAUGUCAUUGGAGAUCCGACUCUCUUCCACCAGCUAGCCUUACCAGGUUAUAUUUUUCAAUUGCGAAACCCGCCUAGACGCAAAUGUUGUCACGAGCAAAUUCAUGAACAAGCUAGUUUCCCAGAAGAUACAGAAAUCGUCGAAGAUACGGAAAACGAGACUAAAAGUUACGAGAAUAUGUUGAACGUGGCCACUUCAGGUCUUGAUCUUAAGUUCCACACAUGUACGACCCAAGUUUUGCUCGACUAUCUCAUGUAUUUCUUUCACGAUACGUUGAUUUUACAGGAGCUUCUUGCUUUUGAAGGCGACGCAAAAACAGAAUUUCAAUUGGAGACUUCGGAAAAAUACGUGAAUUCGAAACAUUAUGUCUUCAAUCAAGUGCCCAAUUAUCUAAAUACUGAUGAGAAGUUUUUGGUUUUACUUGACCACCCAAAAAAUUAUCGAGACGACGAGAGAAUCUUUUGUUUUGAUUACUCAUUGAAUACUUAUGCUAUUUUUGCAAGUGAACUUUCAGCAGAACUCGAGAAAACCCAACCAAAAGAACGGACCUAUUUCGUGAUGUGUCCCGGACCAAAGUAUUUCAUCGCAAACGCGAUGGGUGAAAAUAUAAACGAGCAGUAUUUUGACAAAACUAUUCACCAAGAACUGGAGCAAUCAAGA